AUGGCCUCACGAGACUCUCCCGGUUCUCCCCUCUCCUCCGUGGGAUCCCUCGAGACUUCAGAUCAUGAAUCUAUGAAACAUGAGAGCCGCGCGCAUUCACCUUCAAUGUCCAAUAUGCCGCCCUCGAAGCGUCGUCGCACCGGCAUUGCAUCCUGGGACCGGCAGACUCCUCUAUCCUCUGUCCAAGACGAAAACCAUCCACCUCCCUCCCCGACUGCCUCAAUCUCCUCCGAUAGCUCCGGCGAUAUUCCCAACUCCCCCAGCAUCCUGACACUCCUUGGUACCAAUCAAGAGGAGGACUACAGUGGCCAGAGCACUGACCAGGUCACAAUCUGCCGAUGGGAUGGAUGCACUACGGGCGACCUCGGCAACAUGGAUGGGUUGGUGCAGCAUCUCCACAAUGAGCACAUCGGGAGCCGACAGAAGCGGUACUCGUGCGAGUGGACCGACUGCACCCGCAAAGGUCAAACGCAUGCCAGUGCAUAUGCUUUGCGCGCACAUAUGAGAAGUCACACUCGCGAAAAGCCAUUCUACUGCACCCUACCAGAAUGCGACCGCAACUUCACCCGCUCUGAUGCUCUGACCAAGCACAUGCGCUCUGUUCAUGAGACUGAUACCAUGCGGCCAGUCGACUCUAUAUCCAAGGUCCACGGCACCCCCGGCAGUACCACUGGCACCCCAGCCUCCAAGUUGCAGCGCAUUCGUCUGAAACUGACCCAACCCAAGGAGCCGGGAACCGAGUCUGAGCCACAUAUCGAACCAACCCCCAUCGUGCCAACCACAAUCACAGGCGACGCACACGACCCUGACGAGACGACAAUGCCAGAGUUUGGACCGGAGCUGGACUUCGACGAAUCGGAGCUCGCUCUAGCACCACGAGACCUCUAUCGUCUUCUCCGACGGCAGAUCGCAUGGGCAGGGAAGGAGACUGCACAGUUACAAACCGAGUGGGAGACCAUUCGUCCCCAGCGCGAACGCGCGUGGCGCGAAAAGGAGGCAAUCUUUGACGACCUCAUCGACGCCGAGAUCAGGCUCUUCAGUGCAAUCGUCGGCUCGGUUCCACCUGCACACCUGACCACCAGUCUCGAAAAGCUCCAACAGCAACAACAGGAAUUCCAAAAUCAACAAGAACAGCUAGCAAAGUCGGCCGAGGUGCCAACUGUCGAUGUCAACACUGUUUGA